GUUUAUGUUUAGCAGCCGAUUCCGCUAGAUUUUGACCAGAGGUCUUCACGUCGGCCGGAUCAAUAUGGCUGCCAAUGGGAAAAGGAAGUUCGCUUCGCGGAGCGCUUAAAUGUAGGUUGCCGCGAGAUGGCGCAACUAAAUAAGUUUCCCCUAUGUUUAACACGUUUCAUUCGUUUAAGAACAUUUCUCAUCGAUGGAAUACAGUUAUGGAAGUAUAUUCAACAAUCUAGAAUUGCAAUUUCUGAUUAGAAAUGCUUGAAUAGCUUAUUCUACCUGGUUGACCCGGAACGUUAUGACGUCACUUCUCGGAGAAAAUUGAGUGGCAGCCAUCUUGGGAGCACUGACAGAAAACCGGUAGUCUCUUGUUUAUAAGAAUAUACUGCUUUCCUAUGCAAUAAUCAACCAUUCAUUUUGUUCAGCUGGUAGGGGAAACUUAACUUUAUAAUCUGGACUAUAAAUCAUAGAUAGAGCUAUGGCAGAGACAGAAAUAAAAGAGGCGAGGGAAAUGGCGAAGGAUCUGGAUCAAUGGAUUGAACAACUGAACGAGUGCAAACAGCUCUCAGAAAAUCAAGUCAAAACACUAUGUGAAAAGGCCAAAGAGAUCCUCAGUAAAGAAUCCAAUGUCCAGGAUGUCAAAUGUCCCGUUACUGUUUGUGGUGAUGUUCACGGUCAAUUUCAUGACCUCAUGGAGCUCUUCAGAAUUGGAGGACGUUCUCCCGACACAAAUUAUCUAUUCAUGGGUGACUAUGUAGACAGAGGGUACUAUUCGGUAGAAACUGUUUCACUUUUAGUAGCAUUAAAGGCUCGAUUUCCAGAAAGAAUAACUAUAUUAAGAGGAAAUCAUGAAAGUAGGCAAAUUACACAAGUUUAUGGUUUUUAUGAUGAAUGCUUGCGAAAAUAUGGGAAUGCCAAUGUAUGGAAGUAUUUCACAGAUCUGUUCGACUUUUUACCACUGACUGCUUUAGUAGAUGGCCAGAUUUUCUGUUUACAUGGUGGCUUAUCUCCAUCCAUCGAUACAUUAGACCAUAUAAGAGCCCUAGACCGUAUUCAAGAGGUGCCACAUGAGGGUCCAAUGUGCGACCUACUGUGGUCUGAUCCAGACGAUAGAGGAGGCUGGGGUAUCUCACCGCGUGGAGCUGGCUACACUUUCGGUCAAGACAUCUCAGAGACUUUCAAUCACACCAAUGGUCUCACACUAGUGUCAAGAGCCCAUCAGCUUGUCAUGGAAGGCUACAAUUGGUGCCACGACCGGAAUGUUGUGACAAUUUUCAGCGCUCCCAACUACUGCUACCGCUGUGGCAAUCAGGCAGCAAUAAUGGAACUUGAUGAUUCGCUGAAAUACUCAUUCCUGCAGUUUGAUCCAGCCCCCAGGAGAGAUAAACGUCGUCUCAGAGAACUGCUGACUGUGCUGAAUCAUCAAACAUGGCUUUUCGUUCUCCUCAACUACAACAAAGGUGAAACCAAAGAAUAUGAUCUCCUUGUUAGCAGACUUAACAGCCCAGAAUUACAGUCUGGCUUAUUACUCAAUGUAUUGCGUGGAUUGAGAGCCUGUGUGGCGAUGCUUGGAAAGGAGUUCGAACAAUUGAUAGGUGUCACUCUGGCUCUUGAUUGGCUGUCAAGGGAGCAGGCUGUUGUGAAGGAAUAUGAGGCUUUUUUGCUGAAUCUCGUAUCUGCCCACACUGUGUACGUCCAUGCCGUGGCCAGAAUGAUCAUCAAGAAGUUUCUACCUGUUGUUGGUACUGAUGAGGCCCUUGACCAAAAGACACAAGAGGCACACGAGCGCAUGUUCUGCACACUCCACAAUUGUCUAGAAGCUAUCACACGAUUAGUCCCAAUGACUUCUACAAUUUUGAUGGCGAUACUGUCAAAGGAGUUCCCGUUCAGGUCCAAGUCCACAUAUAUCCACGAAUGCUACGUGAAAAACUUAUUGUUGUUGUUGCGGUAUAUUCCCCACUUGCGACCCGCCAUAUUGGAACUGAUUGUAGAUCGCAUGAUGCAUUUGGAUGUGCGCAGCCCCAGAGAUGUGAUUGAAGAAAGUGAGGAAUCAGAAGAAGAUGACAUUGAAGAAGAACAGGGACCCGAUAGAGAGCAGGAAUCUGGUGUUUUUAGUAUGGAAGUAGAAGAGGCAUCUACCCAGCCUGCUUUUCAAACUGGCCCACAGGAGGAAGUUCCCAUGGUCCACCCUGAGGCACAGAGACUAGACUCACUCAUGGACAUCAUGUUUAAAUAUAUAGACUCCCAAUGCCAUGAUAAAAAUGAACUCGACUACGAAAAGUGUAAAGUUUUAUACCGAGAAUUCCUGAAUGUAUUUGACAAGAUCAUACUUGCAACCCAUGCUUCGUCACAUGUCCAGUUUAUCAUGUUUUACAUAUGCAGGCUUAAACAGCCUUUAUGUGAUGGCUUCAUAGAUUACCUGUGGAAGAAAGUACAAGACCCCAACAUGCAGGUUGUAUUCAGACAGUCCGCAGUUGCCCACAUUGCGAGCCUCGUCUCUAGGGGACUUUUCAUCAAUAUAAGUUCAGUAGUGAUGAUCCUUAAUGUGAUGGUUCCUUGGAUUCAUCGUUAUAUUAGUGAGACGUGCCACAACUCUAGUCAGGCAGAUAUGCUACACCAUGCCCCUUUCUACAGUGUCUGCCAGGGAGCGUUCUACAUAAUUGUAUUCAGGCACAAAGAGAUCUUUGACCAGCCUAAAGGGUUUGAAUUCUUGCAAGGUCUCAAGCUUCAGAGCAUAGUAACUUGCCGUCUGAAUCCACUCAAGUUUUGCCUCGACAUCGUCGCAAGAACCUUCGCAUCUAUAACAAGACAACAUCAACUUGCAUACUGUGACACGGUGAUGGAGCGUAAUAAGAGGUCAAAGCUGCCUGUAUUCUCUGAGAAUAGAGACACACAGGGCACCGCGAAAUCAAACCCACUGGAUUCCUUCUUUCCAUAUGAUCCUUAUCAUCUGAAAAAGUCUGCCAAAUACAUCAUUCCACUGUAUCGAGAGUAUGAUGGCAAUGCUGCGGAGUCCUUGUCGGACAGCGAGGAGGAAGAAGAUUACUCCAGUGUUCAAUCACCUAAAUCACUUGAAAUAGGCAGUAUCCCCUCAGACCUGCUACAGUAUGGUACAUCCCCUGGCUUUCAACACUUCUGAGUCAAUCUUGUGUUGUAGGUGUAUACAUAGAGGAUAAAGAUCUCUUUCAUGGAACUUGUGAAUGAAUAUUUUGCUGAAAAGUCAAGAUAUUAUUUCAGGCUGGCUGAAAGGACAUUUUCAGUGAUAGCUCGAACAGUAUUUUAAGUAAAAACUGAAAGAAUGUUUUCAGUGACAGCUGAACGAACAUUUCAGUACAUAGCUGAAAGAACAUUUCAGUA